AUUUAAAUAUUUUAUUUAUUAAAUUAAACAUUAAUAGAAAACAAAUGCAAAUAUUACUCGUUUGAAAAUUUAAAAAAUACUUCAACUAGUUUUUGUCAUUUUUAAAAUGAACCUUUAAGAAACAGAGCAUUAAUUGCCCGAUCAGAUAAUCGUGAUCUUCACUUUGUAACAAAUAUACUUGAUGUGGAAAAAUUUCUUUCAUUUACUGUAGAUGUUGGUCAAAUUGUUAUGAGUGCAUCUAAAAGCAUCUUCAAGUUGGGAGGGAGAGAAUGCAUUGCUUCAUAUAAGCUUAUUUCCUUUCUUAGAGAAGCAAAUAUUUUGUCUGCAUGCAUAGCGCUAGGCUUUGAUAUAAAAAUUCAUAUUGCUUUAGUCAAUUCACACUUCAGAUCAGAUUCUGAUUUAAUGUAAGAACUCUCUGUAAGGACAUCCUUCAUUUUUUCUCUUGGAACUUCUGCUGUAAGUAUCCCUUUAAAAAGUCUUUCCAUUAAUGAUUUCACCAAUCGUGCAAUUUCAUUCUUACUUGACAAGGCAAAAAAUUCAUCCUCUUUCAUCUCACAUAGACAACUAACGUUGCUCAAGUACUUUGUGAGACACAAGAUCUCUAUUUCUAUGUUUAACCAAUUCAAAUUUUAUUUCCUUUAAAAGCAUUUGGCUCAUUGAAGAAUUCUACUUUUCUAAAUUACUGAAAAGGAACUUAAAAAUUCCUUCACUUGUAAGAAUAUUAGCUUCUCUAUUGCUUAAGGCUUCAACUGCUAAUCUUUCAGGUUGUAAGCAAUUCAACAUAUCUCUCAAUAUUUCAUAAUACUCUUCUUUCCAUCAGUGAUCGAGUUUCAGCUCUCUUAAAACAGUCUUAAUUGCGAUCUUUAAAAAUCUCUCUAUCAUUCUCUCCAGUGUGUUCCAGGGUGUUUUACAGUCCAAAAUGACUUCUAGUUCCCUUUUCACUCCUGGUUAUUUCUUACUACAAAAGAGAAUUUUUUAUCAGAGAAUAUUUAAAUAUUUUCACAAUUCUUCAUACGCUGCUAAUUGCCAAAGAUAGAUCAUCUCGCAAAUCAUACUGAUCAGCUCAGGCCACACCAACUAAGAAUCACUGUUACUGUCUUGCUCGUAUUCAGAAUCUGUAUUGAAUUCACUAUCACCGCUACAAGUCACUAAUGGUUCAUCUUUCAACUUUUUAACAGAAAAUACUAUUGUUACAGCUAGAUGUAGCGCAUGGUUGUAGCAGAACUGUUGAAUAGUCAGUGAUAAUUUUCCAAAUUUUUCCUUAACAGCUGCACAGUCACUUGUAAUUCCUAAUUACAAGUAAUUGCAAACCGCAUCACUUUCAAAUUUUAACUGAAAGUUUUCUAAUCUUUCCUGAAGCAAGGGUAACACUUUUUCUGCAGGAUAGUUCCCAUGUAUUCUUUUAAACCAAGGUUCAUAGAGGUCUCAUUGCAGUAUACGUGAACAUUCAUGUACCUGCGAGUCUUGCAGCUGGUCCACUCGUCUAUUGAAAUACUCAGUUUUUUUAUUAUCACAUUUGAAUAUAUCCAAUUUCUGGAUGUACAGUUGUUUCACUUUACUAUAAUAAUUAUGUAUUAGUGUCCUAACUGAAGAUGGACUUCGUGGCAACUUCAUUCCUUUGCUUGUGAAACUUUCCCUAAUAAACUCACUUUUUGUGAUGGUGUUGACUGAUAUCCCAUCCAAGGCUGCUAAUUUGCUUAGUUUCUUCUAAAUCCAGUCCCUUGACAUAAUGUAAAAUUAUCAUUUGUCUCUUAGAAGAUGAAGGCAUUGGCUCAUCUUACUCAAUUCAGACUUUUUUUUCCUUUUCGUUCCAUGGAUGUAUUCCAGGUGCCUAUGUAGACUGCUGACUGAUGAUGCUUUGCAUUGCAAAGUUUUGGAACAUAUCUGGCAACGAGCUGAUUUAUCUUUAUCUUUUCUAAAAGAUUCCUAACAUUCUUUAUACUUUUUACUCAUUGUGACGGCAAACUAUACAAAAAUAUUAAAAUAUGUAUUUAUUAAAAGUAGUAAUUGAGCGGAUAGCGCUCUCACAAACAUGGUGAACGUUCCUAAAACCCGCCGGACUUUCUGUAAGAAGUGUGGCAAGCACCAGCCCCACAAAGUGACACAGUACAAGAAAGGCAAGGAUUCUCUCUAUGCGCAGGGAAAGCGGCGUUAUGACAGGAAGCAGAGUGGUUAUGAUGGGCAGACUAAGCCAAUUUUCCACAAAAAGGCUAAAAUCACAAAGAAGAUUGUCCUGAGGCUUGAAUGUGUUGAGCCCAACUGCAGAUCUAAGAGAAUGCUGGCUAUUAAGAGAUGCAAACAUUUUGAACUAGGAGGAGAUAAGAAGAGAAAGGAUCAACUGAUCCAGUUCUAAGCUUCAUAUUUUUAUCGUGAAGACAAUAAAAUCUUGAGAAUAAUUUAAAAAAAGUAGCAAUUAAUAAAAUUAAGAAAGAUCUAUAUUGUGCAGUGAAUAUUUAUAGCUAAAAAGUGCCAUAGAACAUUAUGAUAUGAAAUUGGAAAUUACAGUAAUAGUGGAAUAAAGUAUUAGCAGUGCAAGUUGUUUUUAAAUAGACUGACUUACCCACAGCAGCUGAGAGAGCCAAGAACACUCACAUACAUCACAAUUGUCAGCCGCAAACAAACAUUGAAUGUGGUUGGUAGUAAUGGCCGUCACUUUGUGAAAACGAGUCAUCGUGGAGAACAGAAAACAAUUUGUAUUUACACAGAGAAAUAUUUAUUUUCACAACCCAGGAUUUGAC